AGCAGUCUAGCACCCUAGCUUUUUUUUUUUUGGUAAAUUCUGGCACUCUAGCAGAGCAUAGAAGUAGUGGAGAACUCUGUAAUAAGGCAACCAUUCUCUAGUUUCUGCUUCAGUUCUCCAGUUGUUUAAAGCGAUCUUCGAUCGAAGUCUCUCACCUUCGUGUUCUUCUGCUUUCUCUCCUUCCUUGAUCAGUAGCAGAUCAUAAUUGAUCGAAAAUGCAUUCGAUGCACUUGCUCCUCGAAGAGCCUAUUAGGAUGGGUUCCAUCCUUGAGCCAUCCAAGACUACUUUCUUUCCUGCAAUGACAAAAAUUGUCGGCACACUGGGCCCGAAAUCGAGAUCCGUCGAGGUUAUUUCUGGCUGUCUCAAGGCAGGGAUGUCUGUGGCACGUUUUGAUUUUUCCUGGGGCGACUGUGAUUAUCAUCAAGAGACUCUAGAAUAUUUGAAGGCGGCUGUCAAAAGCACUAAGAAGCUCUGCGCUGUUAUGCUGGACACUGUGGGACCAGAACUGCAGGUUGUAAAUAACAGUGAACAUUCCAUUUCGCUUCAGGAAAAUGGUUAUGUUGUUCUAACACCAGAUCAGAAUAAGGAAGCCACUUCAGAGUUAUUGCCAAUCAAUUUUUCUGGAUUGUCAAAAGCAGUGAAGGAAGGAGAUACCAUUUUUAUUGGCCAAUACCUGUUCACUGGAAGUGAAACUACUUCUGUUUGGCUGGAGGUAUCUGAGAUUAAAGGGGACGAUGUUGUCUGUAUGAUUAAAAAUUCUGCUACUCUUGCUGGUUCCUUGUUCACUUUGCAUGUUUCUCAAAUCCGUAUUGAUCUACCUACCCUGACUGAUCAGGAUAAAGAAGUUAUAAGUACAUGGGGUGUUCGUAACAGUAUAGAUUUUCUCUCCUUGUCAUCUACUCGGCAUGCAGAAGAUGUUCGCCAUGCCCGUGAGUUCCUUUCCAAAUUGGGUGAUCUUAAUCAGACCCAUAUCUUUGCAAAGAUUGAAAACAUAGAGGGCCUAACCCAUUUUGAUGAGAUUCUACAAGAAGCAGAUGGAAUUAUUCUUUCUCAUGGGAAUCUGGGCAUUGAUCUUCCUCCCGAGAAGGUGUUUUUAUUUCAAAAGGCUGCUGUUUACAAGUGCAACAUGGCUGGAAAGCCUGCAGUGGUUACUCGUGUCGUGGACAGUAUGACUGACAACCUGAGACCUACUCGUGCAGAGGCAACUGAUGUUGCCAAUGCUGUGUUAGACGGGAGUGAUUCAAUUCUUUUAGGUGCUGAGACACUAAGAGGAUUGUACCCUAUUGAGACCAUUUCCACUGUUGGUAAAAUUUGUGCCGAGGCGGAGAAGGUUUUCAAUCAAGAUUUGUAUUUUAAAAAGACUGUCAAAUAUGUUGGAGAACCGAUGACCCAUUUGGAAUCAAUUGCUUCCUCUGCGGUUCGUGCAGCAAUUAAGGUGAAGGCUUCUGUAAUUAUUUGCUUCACUUCAUCUGGAAGGGCUGCAAGAUUAAUUGCAAAGUAUAGGCCAACAAUGCCUGUUCUGUCAGUUGUUAUUCCUCGACUCAAAACAGAUCAACUCAAGUGGAGCUUCACUGGUGCUUUUCAGGUUUUCCACUAUUCAGGUCUUUUCCCCAUGCUUGCAGAUCCUCGACAUCUGGCAGAAUCAACCGGUGGCACAAAUGAGUCGGUCCUUAAGGUUGCUCUUGAUUAUGGCAAGGCAUCUGGUAUAGUAAAGCCACAUGAUCGUGCUGUUGUUUUCCAAAAAGUUGGAGAUUCAUCUGUGGUGAAGAUUAUCGAGCUUGAAGAUUAAAACCUGUUUCAAUCUCCCUUCGUUCGAGUCUUUCACCUUAAUAUUUUCGUAUCUCCUUUUUGUAUGAGGGUGGUGGACCUCAAAUUGUUGUGGUUUAAUAACUCUGUAGGGUUUAGAAAAAAAAAAAGGAGAGAUUUUAGGUGAAUGUGUAUUCCGAGAGUGUACACUGAGGCUGGAAGUUGUUAUAGAACCAUAAAUUCAAGUUGUUGCGGUGAUCCAUGUUCAGUCAAAAUGUACUCUGAUAUCACUUUGAUUGAAUGGAUCCAAGUCUUCUAA